AAAUAAAUGGAAUAGCAUAUGACUUGGCUUCUUCUGCUCCUACUACUGUUGCAGGAAAUUUCCAUCUUAAUUUAUUAUGGAAAGAGUUGUGUAGCUUAGAAGCUGAUUAUCUCAUUACUGAGGCAAUGAAAAUACCUUUUAUUACCAAAGAAGCAAAUCAGAUUCAAGCAAGAAAGCGUAUACUUCGUGGAAUUAAUGGUUAUGAUUGUCCCAAGUUCUUUUAUCUGGAAAAGGUUCAGAAAAGACUUAACGAAUAUGUGAAAAAUCUUCGUAUUAACCGAUACAAACCAAGUCGCAAGUCAUGGUAUAAUCCUGACCAUUUUUGGUACUGUAUUGGUUAUGCAAAAAAUAAAGGUGAAGUAGAAGAACUUCGACCAUUCCUUUCAAUGAAAAAAUCCAAUACGGGCAAGAGAAUUACUUAUCUGGAUUCAGAGAUCAAUACCAGAUAA